GGCUGCUUCAACUCCAGCUGAUAUGCCUUAACGCCUACCUAAUUCCAGGGCUGCUGCUUGCAUUCAAUCAUUUACUGAUAUCAUUAUCUUCCAUCACUUAACCAACGACUACCAUCAAACCAAAGCAGCAAAAUGGGAUAUUUCUUUUACUUUCUUGCCCUGCUCGUUGGUAUUUGUGGUACUGCGCUCUAUCUCACUCGGUCUCGAUGGCUACCACUUCUUCCCGUUCCUGACUAUAUUUACCACCGCCUACCAUCUAGCUUCACUGGCGACUUGUCGGCUGGACUCACAUCAUCCGCGUUCGACAUUUCAACCAAUGUUGAGAAUGGUGAUCAAAGAGCCGGCCUGGACGCACGGGGCAAGCGCGAAGUCUUGAAUAUCAUGAGGCGUCAGAGGGUCGAUUUCGACGAAGCACGCCGGAUCUAUACUGAGCAGCGAUUCGCUAAAAAUAAUAUCGGUCCUGAUGGCCGGCCCAGAGAUCCGAAAUUCGUAUCAUUUUCGUGAUGAGAUGGCUUCGUUACCUAUCGUUCUUUUUGUCCCACGUUGCUAUCUUUCUUUCUCUCUUAUAAUUCACCAGCUAGUACCAUUUUCACUGUUCUGGUAUAACCGUCUAAUAAGUAGGCCAGUUCGUAGAAGUUUUCUCUCCAAUCCAUCCAGCACGUUACUGCGAUACCUAAAUGACUUUGAACUCCGGCAUAUAUUGCCAUACCUGUAAAAACCAGCAACGAUUUACUUCCUCCCUUUUUUGGGGGGGGGGGGAAAUAGGACGUAAAGUA